AUGCCCCCGAGGAGCUCAAGACAAACCGGUGUCAGGGAACAUAAAGGGUGUGGUCUCCUUUCAGUUUCAAAGAUCAUUGAAGUCUCUGCACCAACAACAACAGUCUCUCAAGUAAAGAAGCUGAGCAUUUUAGAUCAAGACAUCAGAGAGAUCAAGCCAGAGGAGCUGAUCUACGACGUGCCCAAAGAGCCCUUCAUCAAAAAUGACAAUUCAGAGAUAUUCAAAGGAGAGUACAACAAAUUCACAGUGGCCAUCAAAAGAUACGCCUACUCAAGUGGCACAAGCCUGAGUCAGGUGAGAAGUGUCUUUAAAAAGGAAGUGGAGACUAUGAAACGCUUUGAGUCACCAAACAUCCUGCGAAUGUUUGGGAUCGUGUCCGGACCCAAUCCAAACUACCUCAUUGUCAUGGAGUUUUGUGAGAAGGGCAGUCUGAGAGCGGUUCUGGAUUCCCAAAGGAAGCUGCCCUGGGACAGAAAGGCUCGCUUGAGUCUGGAUGCAGCACAGGGCAUCUACAGAUUGCACCAGUCGGAGGAGAAGUUUAAAGUGCAUGGAUGUAUCAACAGCAGCAGGUUCCUGGUAGAUGCUGGGUACAGAGUGAAGCUGGCAUAUUUUGAGCUGGCCCAAACAGAGACGUCGCUGAAGAGGACUAAGGACAGGAAGAGGAGGUCCUUAUGCUACAGCUCCCCUCAGCAGCUUGAGAGUGUCAACCAUCCCUACAACAAAGCUUGUGAGAUGUACAGUUUUGGCGUUGUCCUUUGGGAGAUUGCAACCUGCAAGAUUCCCUUCAAAGACUGCUCACGCAAAGAAGUGUAUCAGAUGGUGUGUAAAGACAAAUAUACUGAACCUCUUCCUGAAGACUGCCCUCAACUGUUGGGGGAACUGAUCAACAACUGUCGCUCCUAUGACAGCUUCUACAGGCCGACAGCGGGAGUGUUGGUUGACAAACUGUGCAAUGUGGUGGAGCAGUUAGGGGAGGACUAACAAACACAGAGGUCCAUCUCCAGAGUUCUCAGAAACAUGGCCAGAGAAGAGAAAAACCAUGAACCACUAUCAUCCCCACUCCUCAGGUCAAAGGAAGACCAACCAAUCCCUUGCCAAAACCUUUGUUUCUGGCAAACCUCAAAUCAAAUCAAAUUUUAUUUGUCACAUACACAUGGUUAGCAGAUGUUAAUGCGAGUGUAGCGAAAUGCUUGUGCUUCUAGUUCCAACAAUGCAGUAAUAACCAACAAGUAAUCUAACUAACAAUUCCAAAACUACUGUCUUAUACACACAAGUGUAAGGGGAUAAAGAAUAUGUACAUAAAGAUAUAUGAAUGAGUGAUGGUACAGAACGACAUAGGCAAGAUACAGUAGAUGGUAUCGAGUACAGUAUAUACAUAUGAGAUGAGUAUGUAAACAAAGUGGCAUAGUUAAAGUGGCUAGUGAUACAUGUAUUACAUAAGGAUGCAGUCGAUGAUAUAGAGUACAGUAUAUACGUAUACAUAUGAGAUGAAUAAUGUAGGGUAUGUAAACAUUAUAUUAUUGCUGCAAAUUUGGCCAAUUUUUUGCAAAUUUGCAGCAAACUCAUAUUUCCAAGGGACAUUUUUUUGGUCAAACUGUUGCUGUACAUUUGCGGCAACGCGUGAACUUCUGGCAAAGAAUCUUGGGAAACUUGUGGUGAACAUUCUAUUGUAUGCUGCAAACUCAAUAUGAAUAUGUGAAAUUGGAUCAGGUUUUUGGUUGCUGUGUGUUGACACUGAAAUGUUGUAUCUACAUAAAACAAGUCACAUAACUUAAAAUGAACUUACUUCACAGAGAAAAAACAACAUACUAAAUAAAUGUAGUAAAUAUGCUAAACAUGUAUUCAGUGUCUUAAACAGAUACAAAUAAAUCCAACUUUAAAUCAUUAGCAUGGUAAUGACGAAAAGAGCAAAGACUGGACAUUUCUCAAAUAAAUACCUUCAAUGAAUUACA